AAGCGGCCCCAAGGCAAGCCCUCUUUGUUAAAACACCAAGACCACUCUCUCUGUCCUCGAUUCAUCUCAAUCCAAGGUUCGACUCUCGAUUUAAUUCAAUCGCAAGACAGAUGGCAUCGAAAUUGCAUCAGCUGCAAUCGAAGGCGAGCCAAGCCUCUCAAUUUGUGGCGAAGCACGGGUCAGCUUACUACAAGCAGCUGCUGGAGAACAACAAGCAGCACAUCGUGGAGCCGGCCACUGUCGAGAAGUGCCAGGAGCUAUCAAAGCAACUGUUCUACACUCGCCUCGCAAGCAUUCCAGGCCGAUAUGAGGCAUUCUGGAAAGAGUUGGACGGAGUGAAGCAAAUCUGGAAGAACAGAAAAGAGCUGAAGGUUGAAGACGCUGGCCUUGCUGCUCUGUUUGGAAUUGAAUUAUAUGCAUGGUUCUGUGUUGGUGAGAUUGCGGGAAGAGGUUUCACAUUCACAGGCUACUAUCCUUGAUGCCUUUUAUCAAAUGUCUUGAGGAUUUCUCUGUUUAGGUUUAUUCUUGUUGAGGUACUUUAAGCCGAUAACCUCAUUUUACAUGCGGAGUUUCAUUGCCCCAUUAAAAUUUUUGAGCUGGAGGGGCCAGCGAGAAAAAAGACUUGUCGGUCAAUAAAUUUGGUGGCAUGUUAUAUUUAAAUUUCCCCCUUUGAGUUGCAUUCUUCUUGUCCCAUUACCAUUAUCAAGGUAAAUGUUUUUCCAA